AUGGCGUAUUCAGAUGACGAAGCUGAGGCCGUGUCUUUGUGCGUGUCAAAUUACCACCUUGAAGAUGAAAAGGAUAUGCCGGUAUCUUUUUCUGUGUUGCCAGUUCAAUGGGGUGAUUCUGAGAAUUCUGAUGAUGCCAACAAAGAGCAGGUAUUCCUGCAUGGUUUGGCCGAUAAUGGGCGGCAGAGGAUUUUCAUGCAAGUAAUGGGGUGGAGAUUUGAUCUUUCCAAUGCGAAACCCGAGAUAUCCUUGCUAUCAAAGGAUAGAAAGUGGAUCAAGCUUCAGAAACCAAGGAAGAGCUUUAUGGAUACUAUAAGGACCAUUUUAGUCACCAUUCACUUCCUGCAUCGUGUAAAGCUGAAUCCCCAAACAUCUGCAAAAUCUGUCUGGGAUAACUUGUGUAAAAAUAAGGAGUUGAGCUCUUACGGUUUUAAGCCUUCUCAAAAUGAUAUAUCGGAACAUAUGCCUUUAAUUGGUGAAGCUGCCAAAAGGGAUGCCGCCUUAUCUAAAUCCAAGUUUUUGCUCUUGGUUUUGGAGAAGAAGUUGGGGAUUCAGAAACUUUCGAAUGAGGAAGUUAAAGAUUUGGCUCAACUUCAAUGUAUAGUUGAUGAUAAUGACAAUGAUAUGAUAGAUGAACCUAGUGAAGAGUCAGAAGCAGAGGAGGAUUUGUUUGAUUCUAUUUGUGCGCUUUGUGACAAUGGUGAUAAACUUUUGUGUUGCGAUGGAGCGUGCAUGAGGUCAUUUCAUGCUACUGAGGAGGAUGGUAGAGACUCUAAUUGUGAUUCUCUUGGUUUUACCCGGAAGGAAGUCAAUGUGAUCCAGAGAUAUUAUUGUAAGAAUUGUAAAUAUAAUCAGCACCAAUGUUUUGAAUGUGGCAAGCUGGGAUCUUCUGAUAAAGUUAAGGGUGCUGAGGUCACUAAAUGUUCUUCUGCAACCUGUGGCCGUUUUUAUCAUCCACGUUGUGUUGCGAAGUUACUUCCCAUGGUAGUUAAGUUUAAGCAUGUUGGAGAGGAACUUGAGAAAAAUAUCGCUGAUGGUCAUCCUUUUAUUUGUCCCGUUCAUUAUUGUUGUGUCUGUAAAGAAUUGGAAAAUAAGAUGGAACCUGAGUUGCAACUGGCUGUUUGUAGGCGUUGUCCAAAGUCCUAUCAUCGCAAAUGUUUGCCAAGACAAAUCUCUUUUGAUGAUGAAGAUAAUUUACCAAGGGCUUGGGAAGGUCUUCUAUCACACAAUCGCAUUCUUAUAUAUUGUUUAAAUCAUGAGAUUGAUGAUGAACUUGGGACUCCCAAAAGAGAUCAUUUAAAAUUCCCCAAUGUUAAAAGCAUUGUUCCAGAAAUUAAUGCUGCUGAUGAGAGGACAAAACCUGCGGACAAAGGGAGAGUUAUAUUGAAGAAGAACAAUGUUGGCAAAGAUAAGGGACCUAAUUUGAUUGGAAGACAGUCAUCUGGGGAACUUAGUAAGAAGAACAAACCAAAGUCAAAUGAAAUGAAUAAGGGUUAUGAGCGAAUCAAGCCUGUCAAUCAGGUUGAUAAUGAGACCCCGUUGGUUGAGCCCAUUAGAAAGUUGAGUUGUUCACUGCCUCUAUCAGAUGCUGAUUCAAAGAAGAGUUUGUUGGCUUUGUUUAAAGAAGCUAGAUCAUCAGUUACGUUGGAGAGUGUAAAGCGCAAGCUUGCUUCUACUCAUACUCACGCAUUCAGAAAUGUUCUGGAGGAGACCAUUACAAUGGGGAAGCUGGAAGGAUCAGUCGAUGCUGCUCAAACAGCUCUAAGGAAGCUAGAGAGUGAGUGCAGCAUUCAGGAUGUAGAAGCUGUUUGUGACCCCGAUGUUCUGAAACAGAUAUUUAUGUGCAAGGAAGUUCAAGCAUCUAUAAAUGAAGGUCAGAAAAGAAGUUCACAUCAUGGUAAUGUUAACCAAGAGAGACAACAGGGACAGAAAUGUAGGAUGAGCAAGUCUCACAAGACAUCACGGAAGAGAAAACAUAUUAGGGAAAAUGAUACAAGAGGACAGGGUGUGGGCUCACCAGCCAAGAGGCAGGCUGUAAAUGAAAUGACUGAAGGGGUACCUGACCAUAGCCAACCCAUUCCUAUUGAUAUUAUGAAUGAAGGUCAGAAAAGAAGUUCACAUCAUUGGAAUGUUAACCAAGAGAGUCAACAGGGACAAAAAUGUAGGAUGAGCAAGUCUGACAAGACAUCACGGAAGAGAAAACAUAUUAGGGAAAAUGAUACAAGAGGACAGGGUGUGGGCUCACCAGCCAAAAGGCAGGCUGUAAAUGAAAUGACUGAAGGGGUACCUGACCAUAGCCAACCCAUUCCUAUUGAUGAGAGAUCCCCAGUUGAAGGUUUUCAGCCUAAAUCCGAUAUGGCCUCUCCACAAGUCAAGGUUGGUGAUGACAGUUACCAGUUGGUGAUGAGCAAGUCUCACAAGACAUCACAAAAGAGAAAACAUAUUAGGGAAAAUGAUACAAGAGGACAGGGUGUGGGCCCACCAGCUAAAAGGCAGGCUGUAAAUGAAAUGACUGAAGAAGUACCUGACCAUAGCCAAUAGUGGGAUGACAAGUUGAGGUUGGUGAUGACAAUUACUAGUUGAUGCCCGUCUCAGAUGUUGUAAAAACUAAUAGUGGGAUUACAAAUAAUAGAAGUGGCACUUUUGAACGUAUUGUGCCCCAACCUGGACAUCGUUGUGUGCUGAAGGGUUUUGCUUCCGAUCCUCACAUUGAGUAUUCACGCAGGCAUUCAGCUGGUUGGCUCGAAGAGUGGUUAAAACGUCUAUUGUUUUAUUAAUUUUUUUUUCCUUUACUUCUGCAUAAUGAUGCUACAUGUUGUACAUAGAUGAUCUUAAGAUGGAGGUUGUUUAUUUGGUGGUUUAUUUAGUUAUGCAGGACCCUGUAGUUAUCAUUUCAGAUUUGGUAUGAUUAGAUUGCUUCUUUGUCCUGGCUUAAAUGUUCUGAGCAUCUCACCAUUGAUUAUAGUAAUCUGAUCAAGGAAAGGAAAGAAGCCUUUGAAUUGAAGUACCUGACCAUAGCCAAUAGUGGGAUGACAAGUUGAGGUUGGUGAUGACAAUUACUAGUUGAUGCCCGUCUCAGAUGUUGUAAAAACUAAUAGUGGGAUUACAAAUAAUAGAAGUGGCACUUUUGAACGUAUUGUGCCCUAACCUGGACAUCGUUGUGUGCUGAAGGGUUUUGCUUCCGAUCCUCACAUUGAGUAUUCACGCAGGCAUUCAACUGGUUGGCUCGAAGAGUAGUUAAAACGUCUAUUGUUUUAUUAAUUUUGUUUUUCCUUUACUUCUGCAUAAUGAUGCUACAUGUUGUACAUAGAUGAUACAUAGAUGAUCUUAAGAUGGAGGUUGUUUAUUUGGUGGUUUAUUUAGUUAUGCAGGACC